ACUUGGUAGGAGACAAACUACUACCAGCCAUAGCCACCAUGAUUGAUACCCAAUUCUACCUCCUUGGCUUCCUCUCCUUUAUUUCUUUAACCUUUCUAAUUAUAUCCUUUGUCAACAAAACUUCCAAGCCAGUAACAACCCAUCUACGUCUCCCUCCAAGUCCACCAAGCCUUCCUGUCAUUGGCCACCUUCAUCACCUCUAUGGUGCACCCUUGUGCAAAUCCUUGCAAAGCCUCUCCACCCAAUAUGGCCCUCUUCUAUAUCUCCGGCUGGCCGCGGUACGAUGCCUGGUUGUUUCAUCAGCUUCCAUGGCCGCCGAGAUAUUCAAAACCCACGACUUUGCUUUUGCAAGUCGCACAAGUUUGGCUUUUGCCAAAGAAUUACCACUUGCAAACCUUGGACUUUUCACUUCCCCUUAUGGGGAUUAUUGGAAGUUCAUGAAGAAGCUUUGCAUGACAGAAAUGCUCUCACCUAAGCAGCUUGAGCGGUCACAUGCCAUUCGACGUGAAGAAAUAGUCCAAUUUGUGCAUGUGGUGCUGGAGAAUGCUAAUAAAAAAGAGGUGUUUGAUGUGGGUGAUGAGCUUAUGAGACUGACAAACAACAUUUUAAGCAGGAUGUUAAUGAGCACUAGGUGUUCAGAGAAGGGUGAUGAAGCUGAUAGGAUUACGGAGUUGGUGAAGGAGUCCUUUAAGGUUUCCUCAAAGAUGUGUUUUGGGGAUGCCUUGGGACCUCUAAAGAGGUUAGCUUUCUGGCUGUAUGGGAAGCAGGCCAUGGAUUUAAACAUGAGAUAUGAUGAGAUUUUGGAAAGGAUGUUGAAGCAACGUGAAGAGGGUGGGAAGAGGGAUGAGAAUAAGGAUUUGAUGGAUGUACUAUUAAAGGUGUAUCAAGAUGACAAGGCUGAGAUCAAGAUCACCAGGAACCAUAUCAAGGCUUUGUUGCUUGACCUUUUUGCUGCGGGCACCGGUACGGCAGCAGAGGGCAUGCAAUGGACAAUAGCCGAGCUCAUCAACCAUCCCAAGGAAUUCAAUAAAGUCAGAGAGGAGAUAAAAUCUGUAGCUGGUGCUAGACCUGUUGAGGAGUCAGAUAUCCCAAGCCUCCCUUACUUGCGAGCUGUUGUGAAGGAAACACUAAGAUUGUACCCACCAGGCCCUAUUGUACCAAGAGAAUGUUGUCAAAGUUGUAUAAUAAAAGGAUUUGAUGUGGCCCAAAAAACUAUGGUGAUUGUCAACUUGUAUGCCAUAAUGAGAGACCCUGCUUUAUGGGAUAAUCCAAAUGAGUUUCGGCCAGAAAGGUUCUUAGUUUCCUCUAAGGAACAAGAUAAUUUGGAUUUUAAUCAAAAUAAAACUGAGGAACAAAAUUUUAGUUUUAUUCCUUUUGGGGGCGGAAGGAAAUCGUGCCCAGGGUCAACGUUGGCACUCAACAUGAUGCAUACUACAAUUGCAACCAUGGUUCAAUGUUUUGACUGGAAGUUUGCUGGAGAAGGAGACAAUGCUAAGAUCAAUAUGCAACUUGGAGGAGGCUUUUCUUUACCCAUGGCUAAUCCACUUAUGUGUCUUCCUGUUAUUCACUUCAACCCAUUUGUUUCUUCGAGAUAAUUUCUGAAGAAUGGCUUGACUCAGUAAGUGUGAUUGACUGUUUAAUUUUGUGUUUAAAUAAGAACUUUGACGUGGGAUUGAAAGUAUAAUUUAGACAUAAAUUUCAAUAAUAGCCCCUCUAGAUUUUUUCUAAAAACAUGUAAUGUAUUUAUAUAGUUAAUUAAUGCACUUUUUAUUCACUCUAAUUAUUC